AUGAGUAUCGACUUGAGGCGACUGUUCAAACUCCUCCAAGAUCUUGUAGAUAUUAAUAGUAUCUAUAUACUCUCCGUUCAUACAUUGUGUUUGUUCAAUUUGAACCGGGAAGUUGUUUUCGUAUUUCUGAACGUGUUGUUCAGUCCCUCUUUCUUCUUCUUCGACUUCAAAACCUUCUUGUUCUUCUUCUCCUUGAUUUUCUUCUUCUUCUUCUUCCUCUUCUCCCUCAAAACCUUCGGAUUAUGUGCUCUCUCUCUCUCUCUCUCUCUCUCUCUCUAUCUAUCUAUCUCUCUCUCUCUCUAUCUCCCCCAGAAACUGAGUCAGCAUUUCUACUCGAGAAACAGUCGCAAUUGCAACAGCAAUGAAUGGGGUCCGGUGUUGGUAUCGCAACGGGGCCUGGCCCGACGUCUGGAGUGUAUGUACAAAGUCGGGGACUGUGCAAGUUUAUCAAGGACUUUUAGUGCCGAAGAUUUACGGACUUUAGCAAAUUUAACCCUUGAUUUCAACCCCAUCCACUUGGACCCUCAAUAUGCUAAAAAUACUCGUUACCGAAAAUGUAUUGUGCACGGUGUAUUGAUAAACGGUUUGAUAUCUGCUGUUUUUGCCACGCAUUUACCAGGACCAGGGGCUGUUUACCUCUCCAGUAAAUUGGUUUUCCCAAAUCCAUUAUUUGUUGAUGAGCCUGUAACAGCUGAAAUAGCAGUGACUGAUGUAAAGGGAAUGGCUAUCACUUGUGCAACGCUGGCAACUGCAACUGACCGUAACCAGAUUGUGUUGAAAGGAGAAGCGCAAGUUCUUGUACCCAAAUCCAAAAUGAAGAUUGUUGAUGUUUUAUGA